GAGUGAGGAACAGAAAGAAAGAAAGGACAGAGAGACUGAGAGAUAGUCUUCUGUGUUGGGUUCCAACCAAAUGCGAUCGGAUUAGCCUCCCAAUACAACAACAAGCUUCUCUUCAUUUUUGAUUCUCACAGAGUCAGACUCCGAUCAUCGCCGCCGUCGAUGAUGAAUAAGAGAUUGAGAACGAGCACCGAUAAACCCGUCGUCAAUGUUUGGCAGCGACAGCUCGGCGAGCUCUCUGCCAGAAACUUCGCCCACCGCCUCGGUGGCUCUGAGGAUCUGGUGCUUCGGCUUGAUAUCCACGGGAAGCUGAACAAGCAUCAAGGGUGUGUGAACACCGUAAGCUUCAAUGCAGAUGGUGAUACUUUGGUUUCAGGUUCUGAUGACACGCGGCUUAUACUAUGGAACUGGGAAACCGGGAAAGUUAACUUGUCAUUCGAUUCCGGUCAUAAUAACAAUGUUUUCCAAGCAAAGUUCAUGCCUUAUAGUAACGAUCGAAGCAUUGUCACUUGUGCUGCUGAUGGACAGGUGAGACAUAUUCAGAUUUCUGAACAUGGGCAAGUGGAGAGUUCAUUGUUGGCCUCACAUACUAGACGCGCUCAUAAGUUAGCUAUUGAGCCUGGAAGCCCUCAUAUUUUCUAUACCUGUGGUGAAGAUGGACUGGUGCUACAUUUUGAUCUCAGAACUGGGGCUCCCACAAAACUUUUGACAUGCCGAGGGCAUGAUGUUAGAGUGAGGUACAAGCCAGUUGUCAAGCUAAAUGCAAUUGCAAUUGACCCAAGAAAUCCAAAUCUCUUUGCAGUCGCAGGUUCUGAUGAGUAUACCCGACUUUUUGAUAUCCGCAAAUAUAACUGGGAUGGAUCAUCCGAUUUUGGUCAGCCUACAAACUACUUCUGCCCACCACAUUUGAUUGGUAAUGACCAAGUUGGAAUUACAGGCUUGGCCUUUUCAGAACAAAGUGAGCUUCUUGUAUCAUAUAAUGACGAGUUCAUCUAUCUUUUUACACGAGAAAUGGGGUUAGGACCUAAUCCUCCCAUUUCUAUGAGUAGUGAUGGAAGUGAAAUGAGUGAUGAUCCCAAGUCUAAAGCAUCUCCAUCAUCCAUGGAUACUGAUGAAAAAACCGUUCCUCAAGUUUACAAGGGUCACAUGAACUCUGAGACUGUGAAAGGUGUGAACUUCUUUGGGCCGAAUUGCGAGUAUGUUGUGAGUGGGUCUGACUGUGGGAGGAUAUUCAUAUGGAAAAAAAAGGGCGGGGAAUUGAUUCGUGUCAUGGAAGGAGAUAAGCAUGUGGUAAACUGUAUCGAGUCUCAUCCUCACACCAUGGUACUUGCAAGCAGUGGAAUUGAGCAUGACAUUAAGAUGUGGACUCCCAAGGCUCUAGAGAGAGCUCCCCUGCCUCAGAACAUUGAACAGGAUGCGGCAAUGGGAUUGGUGAUGGGUGCUGCAACAGGAAGAGGCUGGACUACAGGUUCUGGGAUGGAAGGGCCUCCUACUCCUGCAGGGAUCGACUCCCGAUCAAGUACUGAGAAUGUCUCCACUUUUCCUUGGUCUCUCUUUACAAAAUCGCCUCGCCGUAGAAUGCUUGUAGCUUUCACAUGCAACAUUUGUGGGCAGCGGACAACUCGGGCAAUCAAUCCCCAUGCAUUCACUGAUGGCACUGUCUUUGUGCAGUGUUGUGGAUGCAAUGCCUUUCAUAAGCUCGUGGAUAAUCUGAACCUGUUUCAUGAGAUGAAGUGCUAUGUGAGCCCAGGCUUUGAUUACAAAGGCAAUGGUUGGGAUGCUGUUAACUUCAAAUAUCUGGAAAUGGAAGAUGAUGAUGAUGAUGAAAUAUUUCCAUUCCAAUGAGGUGGAUGGACCACCUAUCGAGUAUGUAUAUUCUGCGCUGAUGUAUUGGGGAUAUUUAGCUUAGUUGUCUUGUAUAUGUCACUAUCUGGUUACAUUUUGAUAUUUAGCAUUGGAAUAUCUGGGUAUUUAUAUAGCUUACUAAGAAAUGUUUGAAUGGGUGAAAAAGCUUAUUACAAAUGAUUCUUAUUUGGAGCUUAUGUAUAGUGAUGGUAAUAAGUUUCUAACAAUGCAAACUUGAGUGCAAUGCCUGAACUUGCAAGCUUAUUCACAUAUUCAUAACUCUUGGCACAAUGGUGAUGAGAUACUAUCUGAUUGAA